GAUAGCCUCAAGAAGCCCUCAGACAAAGCAUACCAGCUUACACUGCCUCCUAAGAUCCAUUUGUAAACCAGAACACUAGAGCAAACAGAUAUAUAGCAGAUUCAUAGUGGCAUAGUGAGGUUUUACUUCAAUGGACUUGGAGUUUUCAGAGUUAACAGGUUUUGAUUGGGUCUGAAGACACUUGUUGGAGAAACAUUUCUGAACUUGGCACCACAAAGCACAGCUUUUGGACAAAAUGGCACUACGACAGAACUCUGACAAAGACCCAACUAUUGAACUCUUCAUUAAGGUCAGUAUUGUGUUCAUCUUUUAGUUUAGAAUAAGAAAAUAAUAAUAUGUAUUAAUUCUAACAUACCAUCUAUGAAUGUCUAUUAUUUCAACAACAUGUAAAAAUAUGUAAAUUAUGUGAUGAUUGAAAUAUAGAAAAACAUAACUCAAAAGUGUUUCAUGUGAAAGCAAAUUAAAUGUACAAUAUCAAGCUGUAAUGUAAGCUUCAGCCACUUCAGCCAUAGGCUCUGUUUCAAAUAAUGGCUCAAUGCUUGUAGUGUUGUGUUCAGGAUUGGUAAAAACUGGAAUCUGACCAAGAUUUGUAGUUCACUUAUCAGCACUCAGCAUUGUAAAUGGGCAGAGAGAGGCAGAUAUCUACAUUAUGGGCACCAUCAAUCCGAGGUUGGCUCUCCAUGAAUGGUCGUCAUAUAGGGUUACGCAAAGCCUGAGAGGCUGGUGUGAAUGUGUAUGUACUGUAUGUGUGUGCUUGUAUGUAUGUAUGUAUGUAUGUGUGUGUGUGUGUGUGUGUGUGUGUGUGUGUGUCUCCUCAGUGACAGUGAAAGUGGCCUUUAUCACUGUGUAAUGACGCCAGACACUGGAGGCCACCUUAUCACCACACUCCCAAGAAGAGCAGGCAGCACACUGGGAACCCCUGGCCCCAGAUGAGACAGACACGCCCACACACUGACACAUACGCACAUGCUCUAACACACAUACGCACAUUCACACAAUGAAAAAGGAUAAAUACAAUAAAUAUAUCUCUUUGUAAAGUCAUAUAUGUGCGUAAUGGUACAUAUUUACGCACACGCACGCACACAAAAUCCAAUUGCGUACAACAGUGAGUGAACCAUUCCAUUUGUUUCUCAAUACCAGGGACGUUAUCUACCAUUAUCUUCCUCUCCGACACAAUGCCUGCUUUUCCUAUCAAGUGGCAGCUCCUAAAAUACCACAGCCACUCCCACCACUACAAGUGUGUAUAUGUGUGUCUUUUGUCAUGACAUGAGAUGAAUAUGAAUUGCAUGAUAAGGUUGGAGAUCAGGACAUACUGUAAUGGAUAACAUGGACAAUGUUACAUGAACAAACAUUGCCAACUCCUAUGGUCAUUGUUUGGUGUAACAAUGACCAAAGGAGUAGGCAAUACAGCACAAACAGAUCAGGGACCAGGCUAUAACUAAACCUAAACCCAAUAAAUAAUGCUGCUUGUCCUUCAGGCUGGCCACGAUGGAGAGAACGUGGGCAACUGCCCAUUCUGCCAGAGGCUCUUCAUGGUCCUGUGGCUGAAAGGAGUCAAGUUCACCGUGACCACCGUCGACAUGAGGAAGUAAGCCCCCCGCCUCCCACCCUUCCACUUCCUGUGCAUCUGUUUAAAGGUCCCCUCACACAGGGUCAUGUCUAGAUUAUGUAAAAUUGACGUCAAUAUUUUGCAUUUUAGCUAACCCAAACCCCAACCCUUUUCCUAACCUUAACCUAAUUAUCCUAACCUGCUGUAUUAAUUAUCCUAACCAGCUGCAUAAAUUGUCCUAACUGCUACGAAAAGUCAAUUUUGACAUAAAUUGUAUCCCUUCUAGACAAAGCCCUCACUCACACAGGGCUCUAUUAAGAGUGGAGUGAGAACAAGGAUGUUUUUCAGAAACCAAACCGUUUAAUAGGGUAAAAGUAACACUCAAUAAGGUGUGAUACAGAGAGGUGAUAGAGGGCGGAGCUUGCAAGGCUAAAGCAAUAGCAGAAUGGACAAAGAGGUCAGUGUGUAAUUGAACAAACAAAUCUACCCCCUUUCAGUGUGAGUUUCUCAGGCCCAUUACCAGUGAGCAAAUAAGAUCAGGAAACGUUGAAAGGAUGCUGAUAAUUGAGUGAUUGAGAAAACACACAAUAUGCACCCUUUGAGCUAGCCCCUCCCAUGCCAGUGUGUUUUACUAACUGAAUCAUGGGCAUUGUUGGAAUCAUUAAUCGAGAAUGCCAAACACUGGAUUUUGACAUGGCUUGAUAACCAUUGUGUUCAUUGUGAUUGUGUCGCUGAAUGAUCGACAUUGUAUCUAUUGAUAUAAUGGAAUGAUCACAUAUAUGACCCUGUCUACUCCCUUUCUCCCUGCCCUUUCCCACCUCUCCACCCAACCCUGCCCUGGUACACUCUAGGAAGCCAGCAGAGUUGAAGGAUUUGGCACCAGGGACCAACCCUCCAUUCCUACUGUACAACGGCACCCUCAAGACAGACUUUAUCAAGAUCGAGGAAUUUCUGGAGCAAACAUUGGCCCCCCCCAGGUAUAGUGUUAUUAUAUUGAAGAAAGUGAAAGGCACUGACCUUCUUCAAACAAAUUCAUACUCAGACUGCUCUCGUCUCCCUCCCUUCAGGUAUCCACACCUUAGCCCACUCAACAAAGAGUCCUUUGACGUGGGUGCGGACAUUUUCGCCAAGUUCUCCACUUUCAUCAAGAACAGCCCAGCCAACACUACUUGUAAGUGAAGUUACAGUCAGUCCACAUUCAUGUAUUAGACCAUGUCUUAUGAGGCAAUGGAAAAUAUGAAAAUUAAACGUACUCAACGGAAUACACGCUAUGGGCGUAUACCUUCAUGAAAUGUUGGUUUGAUGUGAAUUUUAGAGCCCAGACCAUGCCUAAUCCUGGACUGAAAAGCAUGCUCAAUGGAGAAUCUCAAUUGUAGUGCUUUUAAAACCAAUAUAUAAGUUAAUCUGGGUCUGGGAAAGCCGCGCAUAAGGAAUAUCUCUAAAGCUAUAGAUAUAUCAUAUACAGUGCAUUCAGAAAGUAGUCAGACCCCUUGACUUUUUCCACAUUUUGUUACGUUACAGCUUUAUUCUAAAAUUUAUUAAAUUGUUUUUUUCCCCUCAUCAAUCUACACACAAUACCCCAUAAUGACAAAGCAAAAACAGGUUUGUAGAAUUUUUUGCAAAUGUAUUGAAAAUAAAAAGCUGACAUAUCACAUUUAAAUAAGUAUUCACUCUUUACUCAGUACUUUGUUGAAGCAUCUUUGGCAACGAUUACAGCGUCGAGUCUACUUGGGUAUGACGCUUCAAGCUUGGCACACCUGUAUUUGGGGAGUUUCUCCCAUUCUUCUCUGAAGAUCCUUUCAAGCUCUGUCUGGUUGGAUGGGGAGCAUCAUUGCACAGCUAUUUUCAGGUCUCUCCAGAGAUGUUCGAUCAGGUUCAAGUCCGGGCUCUGGCUGGGCCACUCAAGGACAUGCAGAGACUUGUCCCAAAGCCACUCCUGCAUUGUCUUGGCUAUGUCUUUAGGGUCGUUGUCCUGUUGGAAGGUGAACCUUCACCCCAGUCUGAGGUCCUGAGCGCUCUGAGGCAGGUUUUCAUCAAGGAUCUCUCUGUACUUUGCUCUGUUCAUCUUUCCCUCGAUCCUGACUAGUCUCCCAGUCCCUGCCGCUGAAAAACAUCCCAACAGCAUGAUGCUGCCACCACAAUGCUUCACCGUAGGGAUUGUGCCUUGUUUCCUCCAGACGUGACACUUGGCAUUCAGGCCAAAGAGUUCAAUUUUGGUUUCAUCAGAACAGAGAAUCUUGUUUCUCAAGUCCUUUAGGUGCCUUUUGGCAAACUCCAAGCGGGCUGUCAUGUGCCUUUUACUGAGGAGUGGCUUCUGUCUGGCCACUCUACCAUAAAGGCCUGAAUGGUGGAGUGCUGCAGAGAUGGUUGUCCUUCUGGAAGGUUCUCCCAUCUCGACAGAGGAACUCUGGAGCUCUGUCAGAGUAACCAUCAGGUUCUUGGUCACCUCCCUGAGCAAGGCUCUUCUCCCCCGAUUGCUCAGUUUGGCCGGGCGGCCAGUUAUAGGAAGAGUCUUGGUGGUUCCAAACUUCUUCCAUUUAAGAAUGAUGGAGGCCACUGUGUUCUUGGGGACCUUCAAUGCUGCAGAAAUGUGUUGAUACCCUUCCCCAGAUCUGUGCCUCGACACAAUCCUGUCUCGUAGCUCUACGGACAAUUCCUUCGACCUCAUGACUUGGUUUUUCCUCUGACAUGCACUGUCAACUGUGGGACCUUAUAUAGACAGGUGUGUACCUUUCCAAAUCAUGUCCAAUCAAUUGAAUUUACCACAGAUGGACUCCAAUCAAAUUGUAGAAACAUCUCAAGGAUGAUCAAUGGAAACAGGAUGCACCUGAGCUCAAUUUCGAGCCUCAUAGCAAAGGGUCUGAAUACUUAUGUAAAUAAGGUAUUUCUGUUGUCAUUUCUUUUAAAUAAAAUUGCAAAAAAAUCUAAAGACCUGUUUUCGCUUUGUCAUUAUGGGGUAGUGUGUGUAGAUUUUUUAAAUUCAUUUUAGAAUAAGACUGUAAUGUAACAAAAUGUGGAAAAAGGUCAAGGGGUCUGAAUACUUUCUGAAUGCACUGUAUAUCUGACAUUCAUGCCUGUGUCUCUCUCAUUCCAUAGUCCAAGAGAAGGCGCUGCUGCGUGAGUUCAAGCGGCUGGAUCUCUACCUGAACUCCCCCGUACCUGAAGAGAUUGACCACAACUCCAGAGAAAACAUCACCCUCUCCAAGAGAAAGUUCCUGGAUGGCAACCAUCUCACCCUGGCAGACUGCAACCUACUGCCCAAGCUGCAUGUCAUCAAGGUGAGACAAAUAGGCCCAUAACAUAAACGGUUUAGAAUAGGAAUUUGAUUAUUUUCUGGUAUUAGGCAUGUCUUAUGAAGUGUAGUACACAACCUAUGCAAUGACAGGGCCCAUCCUUACUUUCUAAUCCUGGGAGAAGUGUAACUCAAUUUUGAACCAUUGGGAAUAAACAUUCUCCGCCCUUAUUCUCUAGUCUACAUUACUUAAAUAGUGUAAUAUGACUAUUAUUGUUUAUAGUGUCUCACAAUUCAACUGUUUUCCCAUGUAUUCUGUUUAUUUGAUAGAUUGCUGCCAAGAAGUACUGUGACUUUGACAUCCCGGUCCAGUUCACCGGUGUAUGGAGGUACCUGAACAAUGCCUACGAGAGGGAGGAGUUCAGUCAGACCUGCCCUGCCAACAUCGAGAUUGAGAAGACUUACCUGGACGUGGCCAAUAAGAGGCUGUAAACCUAUAACCAACCUUUAACCAACCAUUUACACAACAUGUCCUCCUUUACUAUUACGUUCCAUGGAAACGGUAACUCAUUCACCCAAAAAUAUUACACCUUUUUGGGAGGCCACAGCAAUCAUUAUCGAAGUAUCUCAAGUCAAUUUUUUAAAAUUCCUGCAUCAGGAUGCCUUUGAAAUCGAUAAGCAUUCUAGGAAUCAAAUUUAAAGUGUUUCUUUGUCCAUAGUGUAAAUAUUUAUUUUUUACAUGUUGUUUGUGACCCGAAUACCCAUAAUAUAAGAAUGUAUAAGACAAUAAGAGUGGAUUCUAAUAAUGUUUAUGUUUGAUUGAAAGUAGUGAUAUAAAACCUGUUUUAACAGUUGUUCAUGAUUACCAUAAAGAAUCAUCAAAAUGUUUUACAAUAAUACAUUACACCUGUCUGAUUCUAGUUAUUUCAAACUAUGAUGUGAAAUAAAAUAAAAUGUAUUUCAUGAGUCUGACCCUCGAGUGUGUGUGUGUGCGUGUGUAAAUCUCUA